UUCUCUGUUGCCUCGGUACCUGCACACCUGACUCCUCAGUGCCUCUCACUAGUAUUCUGCUCUCUCCUGCAAGUGGGUCUGAGUGCCCCCAUGGAGUCGCUACCUCGUUCCUUGCUGUCCCUUUCCCUGUACUGUGUUGGCGGGGCUGUGCUACUAGGCAGCGCCGGGAGUUUCCUACUCAGUGUCCAGUUAUUACCUGACCCCCCAGGCCGGGCCCCCCAGUUUUCCCGAGGACUCUCCGCACUCCCCUCUAUAGUGAUCCUCCUGGUGGCCGCGGGGCUGGGGCUAUGGCUGUGGCGGUUACUGAGCCGUCCCAUGGAGCUGCUGCGGACCCCUGAUGAGGUGGGCUACAUCCCUGUAAAGGGCAGAACGCGAGCAGAGGCGGCCAACGAGGUGCGCAGGAGGCGCAAGAAGGGAGAUCUGCCCCCGGUGUACCCCAACGGGUGGUAUCAUGUGCUGGACUCGCACCUGCUGCAGCCGGGGGAGACCAAGAGCAGCACUAUCCUGGGUGAACAGAUUGCAGUGUAUCGUACACAUAUGGGCAAAGUGUAUGUAGUGGAUGCAUACUGCCCCCACCUUGGCGCCAACCUUGCAGUUGGCGGCCGAGUAGUUGGUGAUUGCAUUGAGUGCCCAUUUCACGGGUGGCAGUUUCGUGGGGAAGAUGGAAAAUGUGUCAGAAUACCUUAUGCUGAAAAGGUGCCAGAGUUUGCAAAGAUUAAAACCUGGGCAUCAUGUGAAAUUAAUGGAAUGAUAUUCGUUUGGUAUCAUUGCGACGGUGUCGAUCCUACCUGGACUAUCCCAGAGCAAGAAGAGAUUACCAAUAAAGAAUGGGUGUAUCAAGGUCGGACUGAGCAUUUUGUUAAUGCUCAUAUUGAGGAAAUUCCUGAAAAUGCUGCUGAUGUCGCACAUCUAUCUUAUCUUCAUGAGCCAGGAAUUUUGAGUGGAGUUGAUUUGAGAUACACAAAAUCAAAAAUCUGGGAAUUUUUAAAACACACUUGGAAAGUACAAUGGGUGCCAGAGCCUGCCCCAAACAAACAUUGUUCUCAGAUGUUGCUUGAGCAUGCUGUACUGAUUUUUGGAAAGCGUUUUUCCUUCCUUGAUUUGAAAGUUGUUGCUAGACAGGUUGGUCCUGGAAUCGUUUUUUUGAACUUUAAACAUUCGUUCUUGGGUAGUGGUGUAAUCCUUCACUGUGUAACGCCCUUGGAACCUCUGCUGCAGAAAGUCUCACAUAGCAUUUAUUACCAGAAAAAUAUACCAUCUAUCAUACCAAAAUUAAUUUUAAAGGCAGAGUGCAUUCAGUUUGAACGUGAUGUAAUGAUUUGGAAUAAUAAGAAAUUUAUUUCGAAGCCCCUGCUGGUAAAGGAAGAUGCUGCCAUUCAGAAACACCGUCGCUGGUUUGCCCAAUUUUACAGCGAAAAUAGCCCACGGCUCACAUUUCAACAAGAGGGUUUGGAGUGGUGAAAUUAGAGCUUGAGAGUCACACAAACAACCAAAGACGACUGUGGAAUUUCAGAGAAUAGUGUUUUAUAAAGUUAUUGAAUAUUAGCCAAACUUUGUUCUCUUUUUACUCUUAAAGAGACAUUCCGCCAAAAUUAGAAUCCACAUUGAUGGAUUAAAGUUUUGAAUAGAAACAUUUUUGUAAUAUAUAUGUAUUAGCUAUAGCUUUUACUAGAAGCAUUUUUACGUUUUCAAAAGUGUAUUUAAGUAUGCACUGUUUUAAACACAGCACUUGCUCAGACUUGCUUGUACCACUGGCGCUCUGAAUAGCUGCAGUAUUUAAAAUGCUGGUGCACAGACAAUUUCUAGCUAUGCUUCACAUGCAAAAAUGUUAACACUAAAACAGGGCUAACUUUUACUAGAAGUAUUUUGCUAAUACAUGUAUACUUGAAAUAUUGUUCUAUUCAAAUAUUGAAUUAAUCUAUGUGCAUUUAAAGUUUGACUGGAAUGUUAUAUAUAUGCAAAUUUGUAUAUUUCACUUUUGGCUUUAGAAUAGAAAUAUUUAACAUCACAAAAUAUUUAUAUAUUUUUUUUAUAACAAAAAAAAAAGCCAGUCAGCAGCUUAAUACCAAAAUAUACAUAUAUGCUUGGUGGAACGUUGCUGUCUGUGUUCUGAAUAUUGCAUCAAAUGUUUUAUUUCAUUAUUGUACAUAUGGUUUGCUUCCUAUUACGUAGAACCUUUCAUUUGUAUAUACAGGAUUUACAAUUCAAAGGGUUUUAGAGGAUUAGUAUAAUAUAUUUUCAUUGAAAAAAAAAUAUGUUCCUAUUUUUUGUAUGAAAUAAUUUAUUGCAAUUUUUUUUAUGUACUUUAAAAAAGUCUGCAGUUGUACCUUCUCUUAUUCUUAUAGCUGUUGAUCCUAUAAAAUGUGUAUGUUGUAUAUUGAUGAAUUGCAUUUAUGUUAAUGAAUAUGAAGUUUAGAGAUUUAGCAUUUGAAUUGUGUGCUGCAUAUUGUGAUUUCAACUUUUCAAAAUUUUUUUUACAAAUACUUUGAAAUCCUGGAUGCCAAAUCCACCUACAUUAAAUAAAAGCGAAGUGCGCGACUAAGUGAAUUAAUUUAUACGCAGAUCUUGUGUGGUAAUUUUACCAUUUGUGCUAUACGCAUAAAGAUAGUCUAUUUAUUAUCAUUGUUUACACUUUCAAUGCUACUGCUGCGUUAGGAGUAUAAACAGUAAGGAAAAAAAAAGAACGAAAGGGACUUAAUCCGAUUUAAUUUAGAGCAGUAUAGUUUUGUUGAUUGAGGCUUUUUUUUUUGUUCCUCUAUUUUGGAAUCCUAUCUUUGCAGAUUUAAAGGAAUGAUUUAGUAAUGUUAAAGGGACAUGGAGCACAAAAAAAAUAUUUAAUGAUUCAUACAGAGCAUACAAUUUUAAACAACUUUUUCUAAUUUGCUUCAUUCUCUUUCUAUCUGUUGCUGAAGGAGAAGUGAUACAAUACUGGCAGCUAAUUGGUGGCUGCAUUUGUAUGCUGCUUUUCAUUGGCUCACCAGAUUUGUUUAGUUAGCUCCCAGUAGUGCUUGCUGCUCCUUCAACAAAUGAUACCAAGAGAAUUAGGCAGAUUUGAUAAAUGAAAUGAAUUGUAAAAGUUGUUUUAAAAUUGUAUGCUCUGUCAGAACCAUGAAAGAAUAAUUCUGGGUCUUAUGUCAAAAUAUUCUGGCGGUUUAUAUAUAAAAUCAAAUUUCUUUAUAACUUGUGUGGGGAUGACAUUUGUAGAGCCUCAAGAUUGUCACCCUGUAAGCAGUUGCGAGCCAUAUAUAUAUAAAGAAAGUAAUGCAAAGUUUCACUACAAACUGCUAUAGGGACCCAGAAUAAUUUGUUUUCAGAAUGUCACUUUAAUGUUAAGCAGCAAUGCUUGUAAGAACUAAAGCAAUUCCACAGCAGAUCAUUAAAGCCACUGAGGAACCGAAAAUACACAACCAAUGGUAAAUAGGAAGCCCCUCCCCCCUGGUGGUUUUUACCCUGCCCUAGGUAUCUCUUCCUUAAUUACCAUCUUUACUCCACACUAGCAUUAUUUAAUCUCAUUACUCAUAAAGUUCCCUUUUCUUUAAUGAUUCAGAUAACAUACAAUUUUAAACAAAUUUACAUCCAUCACCAAAUUCUCUUUGUUUAAGAGGUGUGCACGUGUCUGCAGCACUGUAUGACAGUAGUUUUGCAUCAAUGCUAUACAUUUAGCAAGUGCACUAGAUGUCCGCACCAUUUCCUGUCAUGAUGUACUCCAGACAUGUGCACUUUAUUAGGAUUUCUCUUCAACAUAACAAGAGAACAAAGCAAAUUUGAUAAAAUAAGUAAAUAGGAAACUUUUUUUUUUUUUUAAUUCUCUAUCUGAAUCAUGAAAGAAAAAUUUUGGGUUUGAUGUUUCUUUAAGGGAUUAGCACUGAUUGCAUUGGUUUAAAUAUAUUAGCUUUGUUUGUGGACAAUGUGUAACAUUCUGAUAACUAUUCUUUAACCUUACAAAUGGCAUUUGUUCCUUUUGUACCUGUUGUGAUGUGUGCUCAGUGCAGCCAUUGAUUGAAUGGGGCCACUUUUUUUUUGAGCAAGACAAACUAUCUCAAGUGUAGCAACCAUCCUAUCUUAUUACCCUUUUUGCCUUUUUACUUUUAUAAAUGUUAUUCAGUGUUUUAUAUUUUUUAUGUCUGAUCAAUAAACAUAUUUAAAAAAUAAA